GAAGAAAUCAAUGCGUCAAAAGCCCAACAACGCCUCCCUACUGUGAUCUUCCUGACAAUUUUAAUGAUUAUUGGAGUUAUUGGAAACACAUUGGUCAUCGUUGUGUAUUCCCUAUUAAAAGAUGAAAAAUCUGACAAUGGUGGUUUCAAAUACUUCUACACAACUUUUCCAGAGUUUAGAAGAAGUCAAUGCGUCAAAAGCCGAACAACGCCUUUCCACUGUUAUCUUCCUGACGGUUUUAAUUAUCAUUGGAGUAAUUGGAAACACGGUGGUCAUUAUUGUGUAUUCGCUUAAGUACCCACCGUCAACAUUUCGACUGUACAUCCUGACUCUAGCGGACAUUGACCUUCUCUCCUGUAUUUUCGCCAUGCCUGUGGAGAUAGUGGACAACGCCUACCCAGUUAUGUUUUAUAGUGAAGCCCUAUGCAAAUGUGGUCGUUUCUUUGGCAAUGUUUUUAAGAUAGGAUCAGCUUUUGUUCUUGUUCUGAUUGCUGCCAGCAGGUACAAAAAGAUUUGUCGCCCGUUUUCAACCGCCACCACCUUACUUCAAGCUCGUCUUUAUUGUGGAGCGACGAUUCUUCUUGCCAUCGCACUUUCUUGGCCAAAUGCAUUCGUCCAAGGACUUAAACACGUACAUCUUCCAGGAAAUAUCACUGGAUUUGAUUGCUCUCUUGAUGACGACAUUGUGAAUACUCAAUAUCCUUUUAUUUAUUUCACAAUUAUUUUUGCUGUAAAUGUCAUAGUGUUUCUGCUGCUCGCUGUUUUAUAUACCUUCGUUAUUUUAUCACUUCGGAAACACACCAAAAACCUAACGACUAAGAAUCUGAAUGAAAAACUGAACAAUUCAAAUCCCAGAAUCACAAAACUUAUGAUUGCAAUCACAGUUGCGUUUAUCUUGUCCUAUCUACCGAACUGCAUUUUGGAUGCCACUUCCACGUUCAAUAGAGGCCUUGCUUUGCCACCAAGCCCAGUUGUAUUGGCAACUCUACCGCUUUUGGCAAGAGCAUUUUUUAUUAACAAUGUCAUCAAUCCUUUUAUAUACUUAGUUGGGGAGUCAAAAUUCCGAAAAAUUGUUUACCAGUCAUUGAGAUGGUUGUAUUAUACCAUCUGUUGUCCAAAAGAGAAGCAAAAUAAAAGCUUUGCCAUCACUGAUUAAUUCUGAUCACCAAAUUUACAAGUUUUUUUCAUGUGCCAGAAUAAGUUUCAUUUCAGAAGUGCUGAGCUAUCAAGUAUUCAUAGACAAUGUCAUUGUCAACGUCUCAAAACGCUACCAUUUCUAUCCAUUUAUAAUUAUGCAUAUU